AUGAGAAAAGGGAAACCAAGACAUGUGCCUAUGUUUUUAAGAAGCGAAAAUAAAAGAAUAUUUCUUAGCUUUUUUUCAUAUUUCAUGCCAAAGAAUGAUUUGAAUUUUAUUUUUGAGCAUUUCGAUAUCGGAUUAAUCGUACUAACCAAAAUACAUAAUAUACGAAAAAAGUAUGAAGAGGAAAGAAAUAAUAUGAAAAAUGAAGAAGAUAAAUCCGAUGGAGAUGAUAUGAAAAUAUUUGAUGAAAAAUUAAAGAACUUUUUUUUAAAUUAUAAAAUUAAUCCUAACAUUGAAGAAUCUAAUGAUAACAAAAUUUCUAAAAAGGAAAAGAACAAUAAUAAUAAAAAAAAAAAGAGAAACUAUCCAUUAAAUAAUGAAUGUAAACAAAAUAAUGUAAAUAAAAAGGUUAUGAAUAAAUCAAAUUCAUGUUCAUUAAAUAAAAAAAAUGAAAAAAAACAAGACAAUAUAGAUGACAAAAAAAAAAAUAAAUUACACGAUAUGAAUAAUCAAAGGGAUUGUAAUAUAAAUAAAGAAAUAAAUAAUGACAUUCAAAAAAUGUACAUAUAUAAUAAUGAACAAGGGGAAAUACAUAAUUUGGAUAUACAAUCUUAUAUACCAUAUGAUCAACAAAAAGGAAAGGAAAAUCAAGAACCAUCCUUAUAUAAAUGUGAGGAAAUAUUAAAAAUGAAGAGUACAACGGAGGAUCGAAAUAAAAAUGAGGACUUAUCAAAAGGAAAAAAAAAAAAAAUUAAUAAUACACCACAAAGUUAUAAUACACCACAAAGUUAUAAUACACCACAAAGUUAUAAUACAACACAAAGUUAUAAUACAACACAAAGUUAUAAUACAACACAAAGUUAUAAUACAACGCAAAAUUAUAACACAACACAAAGUUAUAAUACACCACAAAAUUAUAAUACACCACAAAAUUAUAAUACAACACAAAAUUAUAAUACAACACAAAAUUAUAGUACAACACAACAUAAUAAUAAUAUUAAUGAAAAUAAUAAUGAUGAUAAAAUAAUUACAGAUGAAGAAAAUUGUUUAAAUACUAUUAAACAUAAUGAAAGAGAAAUGAAUAAUAAUACCCAAAAAACUAAUUCCUGUGAAGAUAAUCAAUAUUUAAUAAAUUAUAAUGGUAAUAAUGAAAUGUCAUACAACCAUAAACAUUUAACCUUAUUAGAUAAUAAAAAUGAAGAACAGGAAAACGCUUUUAUUCUAAAUAAUACGAAUAAAACAAAAAAUGGAAUUAAUAUAAAAGAAAACCUUGAACAUAUUAAAGAUAACAAAAAGGAUGAAAUAAAAAUGGAAAGAGAAACAGAUGAUAUAUACAUUUCUAUGAAAAAAAAAAACGAAACAUAUAAAAAAUUUAGCAAAAGAAUGAAUAGAAGAAAAAUUAGUGAACUAGUAAAUUAUCAUGAUGAUUAUUGUUUUUAUAUUACAGAUUUAUGUAAAAAAGGUACUAUGUUAUCAUUAAAAAAAAAUGAAUUAUUUAAUCAAAAAAAUGAUAAAAUCAAUAUCUUAUCAUCUGUAAAAUAUUUUAAUAAACCUAUACAAUUUAAUCAAAUAAAUUGGAAUUUAAAUAAUUUAUGUACAAUAAAUAAUAUUUAUACAAAGUUAUAUGAUGAACAUAUAAAUGACAAAAUUAAUACAACACCAAACAUGCAAACUAUUAUAAAGGAAAAAUAUUCACAAACAUCAUCUGUCAUAAUAGGAAAUGAACAAAUACAAAAUGGUUAUCAAACUAGUAACCUUAAUAUUAGUAGUAAUGACAUAAGUAUUAAUCAUAACAAUAAUAAUGGCAUAAGUAUUAAUCAUAACAAUAAUAAUGACAUAAGUAUUAAUCAUAAUAAUAAUAACAAUAAUUAUUAUUUUAUGAAUAAUUAUAUGCAUAAUAAUAUCAACAAUAAUUAUUACUGCUAUUAUAUGAAUAACACCAACCAUGUUAAUAAUUACUAUAAUAAUAUUUAUAUACAAAAUGAUCAUGACCAAAAUAAUGCACCCAUUUUACAACCGAUAAACAAUCAUCUAGCUCAUAUUAAUGAUUUAUGUUAUAUUCACUCAGAAAAAAAUGAAUAUACAAAAAUAUCAAAAAAUAAUCAAAUGAACAAUAUAAAUCCUCAACAAUCAAAUGGAAAAAAUCAAAACGAUAUAUCAAAUAAUAUAAACAAUAAUAAUGAAUAUUACAAUCUUAACGAGCAGAAAAUAUUAUGUGAUAAAAAUAAAUCAUAUAUAAAAUGUGAUAUACCUCAAAAAUGUGAUAAUACACAAGAUGAUGAAAAUUCUGAACAGAAUCAAAAUUAUAUAUCCAACCCAUCAAAUGGACAUUAUAAAAUAAAAGAGCAAAUGCAUUAUGUACAACAUAUCCCAGAUUAUGAACAUGACAAUACAACUAACGAAAUGAUAAAUACACAAAAUUAUACAAAUAUAAAUUUGGAUCCAUAUAUAAUGAAUAAUCAAAAUGAUAAUAAUGUUUAUUUAAAUCAAAAUUAUUUCGAUACAGAAAAAAAAAACAAAGAGGAGGAUAUUAAUACACCUGAAGCGAAUACACAUUAUAAUAAUGUACAUAUAUACCAAAAUAAUAAUAGUCAUAUGAACAAAAUGAUAAAUCUAAAUAAUAAUACUAAUAGUAACAGUACACAAAAUUAUCACCUUUAUUAUAAUAAUAUGGAAAAUUUUAAUAACACAAACUAUAAUAUCAUGAAAGAAAAAAUACAUAUAAAUGAUGACACUUCAUCAAUUAUAAACAAUUCAAGUAUAAACUCACAAAAUAAUUUGUGUAAUAACAAGCAGACAAAUAAUGAUUAUCAAAAUAGAAAUAUAAAAAAUGAUAAUUCUGUCCCUGACAGUAGCAUAAAUAUGAAUGAAUUGAAAAAUAAUAUUCAAAUGAAUGAUUAUUAUGCUUCUAAUAUUUACAAUAAUAAUAAUAAUAAUAAUUUUAUCAUUUCUAAUAAUAUUAUUAGUAAUGAUAAUAAUUAUAUGAAUGAAAGUAAUGUAUAUCCACAAAUAAAUAGUAAUAAUUAUAUCCCAUAUAUAGACCCACAUGUUAACAAGGAACCUUAUAAACACACAAUUGAUAAUCAACUAAACAAAAAUUGUAUUAACAAUAAUAUAACUAUGGAUGAUAAUGUAUAUGAUAGUAACACUAUUUCUAUACAUAUAAGUGUAAACGAUAAUGAAUAUAACAAUUCUAAUAUUACAAAUGAUAUGUAUAAUAAUAAUAUUGGUAAUAAUAAUAAUAAUAAUAAUAAUAAUUGUAACAAUAGUAGUAAUAGCAAUAGUAAUAAUAGUAAUAGUAAUAAUUGUAAUAGUAAUAAUAGCAAUAGUAAUAAUAGUAAUAGUAAUAAUAGUAAUAGUAAUAAUAGCAAUAGUAAUAAUAGUAAUAGUAAUAAUAGUAAUAGUAAUCAGGUGUGCUUAUAUAUUCCUAACCACGAAUUAUACAAUUCCAACUACAAUAUUACUCAACACAUGCCUUCAUCUAAUGAAGUUCCCAAAAUACAAAACCACAUAGCUAAUAAUAUUAUAAUGAAUGGUCAUAAGGAAGAACAUAUUAUUGAAAAAAAAUCAAAAGAAGAAACAAAUAAAACAAAUGAACAAGUUUAUAGGUCUAUAAACCAAAAUAACACACUUAUUUUGAAACAAAACGAAAUAGAUGAAAAUCGCAUAAACACAUUAAAUCAAAACCUUAAUAUUAAAAAUGAUAUGAACAAUAUGCAUAAUAUGGACAACAUUAUCAAUCUGAAAAAUUUAAAUAACAUAAAUAAUAUAAAUAAUAUACACACACCUUAUCAAAAUAAUAUAUUGAAAAAUAAUGAAAUCCAAUUUCUAAAUAAUAAUAAAGAAGUGAUAACAAAACAUACAUAUACACAUUCCUCAAAUGAAAUAAACAUAAACGUAUAUGAAAAUAUAGAUACACAAAUAAAUAUAAGAAAAAAUGAAAAUAAUAAUGAUAUAAUUAUUAACAAAGAACAAAAAGAUAUAUCAACAAAUAAUGAACAAAACCAAACAUAUAAUUAUAUUACCAGUUGUGUUAAAAAUGAAUAUAACAUAUUAGAUAAUUGGCCAACAGAUAAGAAUUAUAAAAAAAAUUUAGAUUUAAAUAUAUCUUCAUCUUAUAAUACAAAUGAUCAUAUAAAUAAUUAUCACGAUGAUAUUGAUAAGACAAACAAAGAUAAUAAAUAUGAAGAAGAAAAACAUAAAGAUAUAAACAUAUAUAUAAAUAAUAUUAAUUCAAAUGAUAACAAGAACCAUAAUUUUAUUAAUUCAUAUUUUGACCUAAAUGAAAACGAAAAAAAAAAAAAAAUUAAUAUAUUUUAUCAUGAUAAUAAAUCUUUAAAAAAUAUAUCAAGUGAAGAAUUAACAAAUACAAAUCCAUAUAAAUGUAUAAAUAAUACUAUAGAUAAUAAUAAUGAUCAUAAAAAUGGUUAUAUAGAAUUAAAUGAAAUUAACAAUUCCAUUACGAAUAAUGAUGAGAAAAUAAUUACAGCAUAUUUAAAUAAUGCUGUUAUACAAAAUGGUCUAUCACAUGAUAUUCUGAACGAGGACGUUUCUAUAAAUACACACAGAAAUAAAGAAAAUAAAAAUGAUAACCAUAAUAAUAAUAGUAAUAAUAAUAGUAGUAGUAAUAAUAAUAAUAAUAAUAAUAAUAAUAAUAAUAAUAGUAAUAACAAUUAUGCAAAUUCAUAUAACAUGAAAAAUGAUUUACAAAUAAAUAAUAACAACUAUUCUUACAUCAAAAACGAAAAAAAUGUGCAUCAGACAUUUAAUGAAAAUAAUAUUUUAUAUAAGCAUUAUUCAAACCAUGUUCAUAAUUAUAUCACAAAAAAUCCAAUAGAAGAACAAAAGAAUAUUCAUUCAGACAAUAAAUAUGAAACAUGUUCCUUACCUGAAAAAAAAAAUAUAUAUGAACCAAAUUCACCAAAUUGUUUUACAUAUGUAAAUAAUCAAACAGAUAUUUUAAUAUCUAAUCUAGUAGUACAAGAACAAAAAUUAAAUGAUCAAAAAAAAGAAAUGAGAUCUAAUAAUAAUAUUAACAAUACGAAAUGGAAUAAUGCAUAUAACAAUGAAGUACAACGUGUAAAUAAUAAUAUAGUAAAUGAAGAAAUAAAUAUCUUACCUUAUCCUUCAAAAAAUGAAAAUAAUUUAAAUGAACAUAAUACUAAUAUAUAUCAUGAUAAAAAUAAUCAACAUGAUAUAAGAACAUAUUACAAUGAUCCAACUAAAAUUACAAGCAAAUUACACAUAGAAAGUGAAAACAAUAAAUUAACAAAUGAAGCAAUUCAUACAAAUAAUGAAUAUACAAUAAAUUCGAGAUAUCCAAUAUGUCAAAAUUAUUCUUCUAUUACUGACACAGAAAAAAUGAACUAUCCUCAAAUGAUGGGAAAUCAUAAUUUUAAUAACAUUCCUGAAUAUGUGAUUCAAAAUAAUCAUGUUAACGUUGAUAGUAAUAAUAAAAAUGAUCCUAUAGAUAAUAAUAAUAAUAAUAAUAAUGAUAAUAUAGAAAUAUUUAAUAUUCAACAAACAAAACAAAUAAAGUACAAUGACAAUACAACUGACACAAAUAAUAAUAUUUUAAUACAUAAUGUGGAAAAUAAUUAUAAUACAGAUGGUUUAGAUAUUUCAAAUAUCUCAUAUAAUAAUUACACUAAUAAUAAUAUGUAUAAUCUUAAUAAUGAUAAUAUUAAUAAUAAUUAUAUGCCACAAAAUUAUUACCACAUAAAUUAUAAUAAUAUUACGACUUCUGAAAAUAACCAACUAAUCCAAAUAAACAAUUAUAAUAUAAACACCAAUAUCAAUGAUAUAAAUAUAAAAACACAUGUUAACUCAUACAAGGAAAAUGACAAAAAAAACAUCCUUUAUAAUAAUAAUAUAAAUAACAUGAAUAAUGAUAACAUAAAUCAUGAUCAUUAUAAAUACAUAUGUAAUAGUAAUAAUAGUAAUAAUAGUAAUAAUAAUAAUAAUAAUAAUAAUAAUAAUAAUAAUAAUAAUAAUAAUAAUAAUAAUAAUAAUAAUAAUAAUAAUAAUAAUAAUAAUGAACAUUAUUAUUAUUAUAAUUGUUGUAGGAACGACGAAUAUAAACAUAAUGAUAAUAAUUAUAUUAAUAUUCAAAACAAGAAGAAUAAUAUAAUAAAUGAUAACAUGUCUAAUAUUAUUAAAUCACAAUAUAAUAAUACGAAUAAAAACAUGAUAUUAGAACAACAUAAUAUAAAUAUGAAUGAAAAUAAUUAUAACCAAAUUAAUAGUAAUUUAUGCCUCUUAAAAAACGAUUCAAUUAGUACCUGUUGUGAUAAUAUAAAUAAUAAUAAUAACAAAUAUAUUAACAAUGAAAUAAACUCAAAUGAAUUCUUAUAUUACAAAUUUCAUCAGGAAUAUGAUAAAAAAAAUAAUGUGUCUGCAAUGUGUGAUAAUAUGAAAAAUAAACAACAUUAUAAUAAUUAUGUAGCAUAUAAUACAAAUGGUAGUUAUGAAAAUAUGAGUAAUUUCUCUUCAAACAGUAUCUAUAUCAAUAAUAAAUGCCCUUCAUAUAAUAGUAAUAAUAAUAAUAAUAAUAAUAUGAAUAAUAUGAAUAAUAAUAAUUGCUAUAAUUAUCAUGGUUACAAUGUAAUGAAUACGAAAUAUAACAAGGCAGGAAAUAAAUUCUCUUCUGUACAAAUCGAUACACAAAUGGAUAAUCCUAUUCAUGUAGAUAAAAAUAAAAAUGAUGAUAUUUUAGAAAGGAACAUUAAGGGAAGCAUAAUUAAUAAUAAUGAUAGUAAUGAUGAUAAUAAUAAUGAUAAUAAUAAUAAUAAUAAUGAUACAAAUAAUAUAAAUUAUUUAAUCAACAUAAAGAAUACAAACAAUUUUGACAGUACAAACAAUUUUGACAGUACAAACAAUUUUAACAAUAGAAACAAUUUUGAAAGUACAAACAAUUUUAACAAUAGAAACAAUUUUGACAGUACAAACAAUUUUAACAAUAGAAACAAUUUUGAACAUGUCAACAAUUUUGAACAUAUCAACAAUAUUAAUAAGAUACAUCAUAUUGAUAAUGAAAAUAAUUUAUGCAGAGAAGACGAAAAUAACCAUAAUACCAUUUUAACAAAUGUAAAAAACACAACGAACAAAGAGUACAUUAACAUUUGUACUGAUCACUUAAAUUUACUCAAAAAUUAUAACUUAAAUAAUUAUAUCAAUUUAUUAAAAAUUAAUAAGUUAAAUGAUUAUUACUAUAACUCAAUUAUUAAUAAAAACCAGGAUGGAACUUGUAAUACAUUUUCACAUAACUCAUUAAAUAAUCAAUCAAAUAUAAUUGUAAAUAAUAAUAUAUAUGAAAAUAAUCAAAGGAUACAGUUAUAUAAUUAUCCAUCCUUUGAAACAUAUAACAAUAAUAUUAUUAAUACAUGGAAUGAAAAAAACACAAAUAAUUCAUAUAAUAGUUCUAUACCUUUAUCAAAUGUACAAUGUAAUUGGAAAAAUCAUAUUUUCAAUGUAACACAAAAUAAUGCUCAUAUAAAUGAUAAUAAGGAAUAUAAUUAUCAGAAAUAUCCAUAUGUAUAUAAUAAUCAAAUUUUAAGUAUCAAUCAUGGAAAAAAGGAAACUAACACACUUAAUUACAUUAAUUGUACAGGGGAAAAUGAUAUAACAUAUUUGAAUGAUCUUAAUUCCAAUGAGCAAAAUUAUAAUGACCACAAUAAAAAUAAUUAUCCUUAUAAUAAUCAUGAUCAUAAUAAUAUAUAUAAUGAUGUCUAUAAUCAUAUGAAUUCAUCAUAUAUAUAUAAUAAUAUAUGUACACCCACCAAUUUUUUACAAGAUUUAAUAAAAACUAACAAAAUAAAUAAUAAUUCCAAUUACCUAAAUAUAUUCAAUAAUAUGAUACAUUUACAAAAUUUACAUAACGAAAAUAAUCAUUUAUUCAAAAAAGAAAAGUGUGAUCAAGCGAAACCAUAUAGUAAUACUGAUUUGCUAUGCACAUUAAAAAAUAAUAAUCUUAAUGAAAAUAAAAAUGUCAAUAUUAUAAACACAAUUCCACAUACAUUAAAUAACUAUUAUAAUUUUCAUAUUUUAUUAAAUAUAUUAAGAAGAAAACAACUAUACCACAAUUCAUUUAAUCAACUUAUUUCAAAAAUGACAAAAAAUUAUAAUAUUAAUGCUAACAAUAAUAAUAAUAAUAAUAAUAAUAAUAAUAAUAAUAAUAAUAAUAAUAAUAAUGACAAUAGUAACCUUAAUAAUAUUAAUAACAAUAAUGUAAGAUAUAAUAAAAGAAAUUAUUCAAUAUCUUCAGUUGGUUUUAGUAACAGAAGCAAAAGAUGGACAAUUUGCCCUUCUUAUAUAUGUUGCAACAGUGCCCUAUGCAGAUUUAAACUAACAUGUAACUUCAAAUUUUUGCAAUUUAAUCAAGCCUACAAUACUUUUAAUAUACCUUAUGCAAUAUAUAAUUGUUACAAAAACAUUAUGAAUAAUUAUCAUUACUUCACAUCUACCUUGUGUCCACAACAGACAUACUUAUCCAAGCACUCAGCACAGGAACAUGAAACAAUUUUUAAUGUCUAUUGGCACUUACUAAAUAAUGAAAAAUAUAAGUACAUACAAAAUAUAAUUUUAUUUUUAGAUAGUAAUUUAUAUACCAGGGCUGUAUGGCUAUUAAAAAAGGGAUACAAUAUGAAUGAUAUAGAAGUACAAAAAGCUGAGAAAAAAUUAAUAAAAUUAAUGCUACUAGUAUUUAAAUUUACAUAUGAUUAUAAAAAUGAUAAUAAUAAAUAUGAAUACAUAAAAUCAUUUUUAUAUUCCCUCAGAAGUAAUCAUAUAAAUUUUGAAAUAAUGAAUCGCUUUUUAUUUUAUUGA